GUAAAGUGGUGGGGGGGCACUGAUCAUCGCCAUUUUACAUUUGAUUCUGUCCAAGGAACCUACGUAGCAUGUCGGUCAUCGGGAUUGACUUCGGGAACGUGGAAUGUGUCGUUGCCCAAGCCAAGCGCGGCGGUAUCGACAUCAUCCUCAAUGAGAACUCCAACCGCAAGAACCCGAACAUGGUGUGCAUGGCGGGCAAGCAACGCUACAUUGGGGAAGCCGCUGUGAGCAUGGCGCGCACCAACUACAAGAACACGGCGACCGACGUGAAGCGAUUGAUCGGCCGCAAGUUUUCUGCGCCCGAUGUCCAAGAAGAAAUUCAGAAUUACGGCUUCAAGUGCGUGGAAUUGCCGUCGGGCCAAGUGGGCAUUGUGCUCAACUACAACGACAAUCCAGUGACGUACUCGUGUGAGCAAGUUGUUGCGAUGAUGUUGAACAAGCUGCAAAACAUCGCCGCCGUCGCCAACGACGGGGUCAACCCUGCGUACGGUGUCUUGUCGUGCCCAGGGUACUUUACCGACGUGCAGCGCCGUGCGAUGUUGAACGCGUCCAAGAUCGCGGGGCUCAACUGCCUCCGUUUGAUGAACGAACACACGGCCGUGGCGCUCGGGUACGGCAUUUACAAGUCGGUGCGCAACUUGUUCCACGAAACCAACCCGGAGCACGUCAUGUUCAUUGACAUGGGCCAUUCCGGCUACACGGUGUCGAUUGUGAACUUUGUCCAAGGCAAGUUGCAAGUCAAGGCCGUCGCGUACGACCGUUUCCUCGGGGGUCGCAACUUUGACUUUGCACUGGCCAAGGACGUGGCCGAAAAAUUCGAAGCCAAGCACAAGAAGAACCCGCUGGCCGAUGCCAAGUCGCGCCUGAAACUCUUGUCGGCGUGCGAGAAGACCAAGAAGAACUUGAGUCCCCAGGGCGUGACGUCGUCGGUGCUCAACAUCGAAUGCCUCGUAGACGAAAUCGACUAUGCGUCCAAGGUGAGCUUGGACGAGUUCGAGACGCUCAUUGCGCCCCUCCUCCAACGCUUGGAAGGUCCGAUCCAAUCUGCGUUGGCCGAUGCCGGUCUCACCGCGGACAAGCUCAGCUGCGUGGAAAUUGUCGGCGGUGGCGUGCGCGUCGCGUCCGUCAAGCGCCGGUUGGCCGAGAUCCUCGGCCUGGACAAGGAGAAGCCCAACUUGGGUCUCAGCACGACGUUGAACGCCGACGAAGCCGUGGCCCGUGGCUGCGCGUUGCAAUGCGCGAUCCUGUCGCCGUUGUUCAAGGUCAAGGACUUCUCGAUCUCGGACAUCAACAACUACCCCAUCCGCGUGUCGUGGGAAGGCGCGGCGUCGGCGGACGACGACACGAACGAAGACGAGACGGACGGCGCGGUGCAAACUCCAGCGAACGCUAACUCGAUCUUGAUUUUGACCCGCAAGGACGAUUUCCCCACCACGAAGCGCAUCACGUUCCGCCGCUCCGAAGCGUUGGUCGUGGAAGCCAACUACGACGAGACCGCCACGCCGUUCUUGCCCCCUAGCCCGUACACCAACUUGGGCAAGUUUACAAUCUCGGGCAUGUCGGCCGGCGAAAACGGCGAAGCGCCCCGCGUCCGUGUGAACGUCCGCCAAGACAUCCACGGGUUGUUCGAAGUGGCGUCGGGCCAAAUGAUGGUGGAGAUCAAGGAGGAAGAAACCAAGGAAGCCGAAGCCAAGGAAGGCGAGGAGAAGAAGGAGGAAGGCCCGAAGAAGAAGCGCUUCCGCAAGGUGGACCUCAAGGUGGAGUCGCAAGUGAACGGGUUGACGGCCGCGGAUGUGAACCGCGCAUCCGAGGAAGAGCUGACGAUGGCCCAGCAAGACCGCGUGAUUGAAGAAACCGCCAACAAGCGCAACGAGCUCGAGACGUUUGUGUACGACAACCGCAACCACUUGAGCGACAAGUACAGCGAGUUUGUGUCGACGUCGGACCGCGAUGCGUUUGAUGCCAAGUUGAACGACAUGGAAGACUGGCUGUACUCGGACGAAGGAUUCGACUCGACCAAGUCUGUGUUCCAGACCAAGUUGGAUGAACUCCGCGCCCUCCUCAAGCCCGUUGACGUCCGGUACCAGGACCACCAAGACCGCCCCGAAGCCCAAGCUGAAUUGAAGGCUGUGAUUGAAGAGUACAAGAAGCUCGCCAACUCGACGGACGACGCGUACUCGCACUGGACGGACGACGAGUCCAACAAGCUGCGCGACGUCAGCACCAAGGCCGAGACGUGGCUGUUUGACCAGUUGAACGCCCAAGCCAACGUGCCGUUGACCCAAGACCCCGUGGUCACGGCCGACCAGAUCCGCAAGAAGAUCGUGGAAACCCGCGCGUUGGCGUUGCCCAUCAUCACCAAGCCCAAGCCGUUGCCCAAGGUCGAACCGCCGGCGGCCCCCGUGACGUCCAACGACGAAGACACCAAGGAAGGCGACAAGAUGGACUUAGAUUAAACAAACUACAAUGUUACGUCAAACUUACAUAGCCCUUGUAGUACAGAAAUACUUUAUCGCAGAUGAGGAUGGGAAUAUAAAUGGAUCGUCAGAACUCGAA